UGGCAGGAAAAUGGAGUACAUCUGGUCUGAGUGGACAUAAACAAGUCUGCAGAGCCCUUUUCUCUGUGUAAAGCCACUUCCCCAGAAGGUGUGUUCAGGAAAUGACAGAAGGGCUAUAAAGGGACCCCAAGAUGCUCAUACCCUCACCUGGCUUUGGGCAUGGCUGUGCAGAGUUUCCUGCAGUAUGUGGGCUCCAGCUCACUGCUCUGUUUGGCAGCAGGGCUGUUUGCUCUCCUUUACUUUCUCUCCAGCUCCAAGAAGUCGGUUUGCAAUUUGCCUCCUGGGCCACGACCUCUUCCUCUGAUUGGGAACCUGAACGUGGUGGACCUGAAAAAGCCAUUCCAGUCACUGACAGAGCUCUCCAAGAUAUAUGGCAACGUCUUCACGGUGUAUUUUGGACCCAGGAGGGUCGUGGUACUGGCUGGAUAUGAAACCAUCAAGGAUGCCCUUUUAAAUCAUGCUGAAGAGUUUGGAGAGAGAGCAGAAAUACCCAUAUUUAGGAAAAUGACACAAGGAAAUGGCAUAGCAUUCAGCCAUGGAGAGGUGUGGAAAACUCUGAGAAGAUUUACCUUGUCUACACUACGAGAUUUUGGAAUGGGAAAGAGAACCCUUGAGAUCCGAAUCCUGGAGGAAGUAAAUUCCCUUAUCAAAUAUUUUGAAUCCUAUCAUGGGAAACCAUUUGAUACAAAAAUGAUACUCAACAAUGCUGUAUCCAAUGUCAUCUGCUCUAUAUUGUUUGGAGAGAGGUUUGAAUAUGAUGAUCCAGUAUUUCUAACUUUGCUGAAGCUGAUAAAUCAAAAUACUAAGUUGUUGGGCUCCCCUAUGGUGCAGUUAUAUAACUUCUACCCAUCCCUUGGAUUUCUGUCUGGAGCUUCCAAGACUGUGCUACAAAAUAUCCUUGAAUUGAAUGCUUUUCUCCAGAAGCUCUUCCAGGAACACAAAGAGGAGCUUAAUGAAAAUGACUUAACAGGCUUUGUCGAUGCCUUUCUGGUAAAGCAAAAACAGGAGUCAAAGAAACCACACACUGCAUUCAGCAAUGGAAACCUGAUGUUUUCAACCCUGGACCUCUUUGCUGCUGGGACUGAGACUACAUCCACAACUGUUCGCUGGGGGCUGCUUCUGAUGAUGAAAUACCCAGAAAUUCAGAGAAAGAUUCAGGAAGAAAUGAACCAUGUCAUUGAACCAGGAGAGCUGCCUAAGUUGGAGGACAGGAAAAAAAUGCCUUACACAGAAGCAGUAAUACAUGAAAUACAAAGGUUUGCCAAUAUUGUCCCCAUGGGCGUAUCACGAUCGACUCCCAGUGAUGUGAAUUUCCGAGGCUACGUGAUUCCUAAGGGUACUGAGAUUAUUCCACUGCUGACCUCUGCUCUGAAUGACGAGUUGCACUGGAAAACCCCGGAUCAGUUCAACCCUUCCCAUUUCCUUGAUGCCAAUGGGAACUUCAUUAGGAGAGAAGCAUUUAUUCCAUUCUCCAUAGGGAGAAGGGCUUGCCUUGGUGAAGGACUGGCCAAAAUGGAGCUGUUCCUCUUUUUUUCGGGCUUGCUCCGCAAAUUUGUUUUCCAGCCUCCUCCAGGAGUGGAGAAGUCAGACCUGGAUCUCACUGCUGAUGUUGGCUUUACCUUGACUCCCAUGCCUCACCUGGUUUGUGCUGUGCCCUGUGAAUGA